AUGAAAUCCGAAGCCGAGAAAAAGGAUGACCACGACCGUCUCUUCAACGGCUUCGCGUUCUUUCAUAGGCUUGCUGACAUCUACGCUUGGAAGGAGGCCGACGCAGACGUCUUGCAAAUCGCGAAUACACCUCUCUACGAGCGGCCGGGCAGCGGUGAUUCGACCAAAUGCAAGGUCCUCGUCAUGCAUGAUUACAGGGGCAAUUACCUCCCUUAUGAAACUUCCCAGGGUGGGACCCAGGCCCGGAAGGAUUAUGUCAUGGAAUACUGGCAGCAUGUUGAGGUCUUCAAUUACUUCUCGCAUCGACGGGCUACUAUCCCUCCACCGGCCUGGAUCAAUGCUGGACACAGAAAUGGGGCGCAGGUCCUCGGUACUUUCAUCAUCGAGCCCGACAGCAAGGAGGAACCUAAAAGGAUAUUCGACAAAGACUCGACGAAGCCCAUUGGGAUGAACUAUAUACUCCCAGACAUCCUAGCCGAAAUGGCGAGAGUCUAUGGCUUCGACGGGUGGCUUCUGAAUUUCGAGAGCAGGAUUGUGGAAGGCGCAGACAUAACUCAACGCGAUAAAUACGGCAACAAAAUCAAGCUUCCUGCAUGGUCCGAGUUUAGUGAAGCCAUGCUCAAGGACUGGGUCGCGCAGCUGACGACCAGGAUGAAUGAAAAGGUUGCACAUGGUAAAGUGAUUUGGUACGAUGCAUUGACUAAACUAAACAGUGAAUAUGGCUCAAUGAACGAGUUGAACAAUUUCAACAAUCCAUAUCGUCAAGCAGCAGGCUCGAUCUUGACAAACUACUUUUAUGCGAACAAGAAGCUAGACAACACGAUCAAGAACGCAGGGGCGGAACUGGAGACUGUGUACCACGGUAUUGAUUGUUGGGGACAAACAGAUGACAGUCGAACGGGUGACGAUCCGAGCAACCGCGACACGGUGGGGUUCGAAAACAGUGGCGAGCUCGAAAACGGCAGGGGAACUGGACAUGGUGGUACAGCCACCGGCCGUUUUGUCCGCCUCAUCGCUGAUAAAUUGGAUUUGGCGAGGAAAAAAGCCGCCAGCGAUCCUUCCCACAUGCCCCGUGGCGCUGGAGUGGGAAUCUUCGCACAUGGCUGGGCUUAUGAGCAUUUCAUGCCAGGAACCUCUGUUGAUCGCUUCAUGUGGGAAGGCGAACCGAAUUUGACAGGGUACAUCGAACCCACAGCCAAAGGCCGCAUGCCUGCCGCCGAGUGGAAGCAAAAGCAUGACUCUUACAAAGCCAAGCAGAGCGAGUGGCAAGGGGCCGAAUAUGAUUGUGCGUGUGAAACCAGCAUCGUUCAGCACCUUUGGCGGCACCCACCAGAACCUGUGGACUUCAAGGACUGGCCCAUCAUCAAAUCAGCACGGGAAUACCCUGCUGGCACAAAGAACUUCUUCCACACCGAUUAUACAGAGCCUGUCGUCGACCUGCCCGGGCAACAGUACAGUUACCAACUUGGUCAGCAAUCUGUACUGCCCAUACCUGGGCGUCGUAAGCAGGCACUCAGUCUCACCAACGCUGAUGGAUCGACCGGAUAUUUGCAAGUUGCAAUGUCAUCGAAAUGCACACUCCGUGUGGUCGAAAUCCAGAACAAAGGCAUCAAGGGCGAUUCUAAAGUGAGCGGGUCUAUUGACUUGCACCAACUCAACAUUGAUGCCAGCCUGAAACCGGAAAUUGUUCUCGUCUACCGAAGACUCAAAGAUACAACAGGCUUGACCAUUCAGCUUUCUGUCAAAGUGGGCGAUGAUCUUGCGCAUUGGGAUCUUUCAGGGAUGCCGUCCCAAGCCGGACAAAACGAGACUCUAAAACAGGUGAUUCCCUUGAAGAAUCCUGGGACGUCUGUUCGGGGCAUCAGCAUAACCUUGGGUGGUCCCACGCAAACUCUUCUCAGUUUAACAAAGGACGGCGCGGCGGAUCUAGUCGAUAUCAUCGGCUUGACCAUCAAGCCGCAAGGUCACGAGUACCCCGACGGCAAGAUUGAGCAAGUCAACCUCGUGAACAAGGUAAUAACCGAUUCUGGAAGCUACACUCGCUUGGUUUGGAGCCUCGCGGAUGGCCCCAAGGCGCCCGAAAGCCUACCUUGGAGUCGGACUACCAAGCAAUUUUCGCACUUCUGGGUUUGGGCGAAUAACAACUACUUGGGAGUUGCCAAUGCCUUGGGAUUCCCAAUCAGCGAGCAGGUGAAGCAAAGCUGGCCGGGAGGCAAAAAGGUGCAUUUUCAGAUCCGUGGUAUCGCCUUCGAUGGCACUUACAAGGAUUCGGGCGGGUGGCAGGGUGACUUGGACGUGCCGGCUUGA